ACACAACUUUUUUUCCUUAGUCCGUAUACUUUCUGCUGUCACCAGCAUAACAGAAAAGACGAAUGGCUUUUGUUUUAAACUGAGGGCACUUUUACAAAAGUCAUCUUUCCAUUUAUUUUUCUUUCAAAAAAAGGAUUUGGGUUUUGAGCUUUUUUUAAAAAAAGACAAACACUUUCCUUGCCUAUUUGACUUUGAGAAAUAAUUUAAGUCAAAGAAUCUGCUCUAUGCUAACCAAGAGGUAGAGCACAGCAAAGAUCUGCCAGCCCCAGACCUCUACAUAGUGGCCUGGAAAUUCAAGUAUUCUUAUUGGUGGAGGCCAUUUAUUUCUGGUUAGAAGCUGUCUAAACCUCCUACUCCUCAACUCAAAGGAAAACACAGAGCAUACCAUGGCCAAGAAAGUUGCAGUGAUUGGAGCUGGUGUGAGUGGCCUCUCCUCCAUCAAAUGCUGUGUGGAUGAGGACCUGGAGCCCACCUGCUUUGAGAGAAGUGAUGACAUUGGGGGAUUAUGGAAGUUUACUGAAUCUUCCACAGAUGGGAUGACCAGGGUCUAUAAGUCAUUAGUGACAAAUGUCUGUAAGGAAAUGUCAUGUUACAGUGACUUCCCUUUCCACGAAGAUUAUCCUAAUUUCAUGAACCAUGAAAAAUUUUGGGACUAUCUCCAAGAAUUUGCGGAGCACUUUGACCUCCUGAAAUAUAUUCAGUUUAAGACCACUGUGUGCAGCAUAACGAAGCGUCCAGACUUCUCCGAAACUGGUCAGUGGGAUGUUGUCACAGAGACAGAGGGCAAGCAAAAUAGAGCUGUCUUUGAUGCUGUUAUGGUUUGCACUGGACAUUUCCUGAAUCCCCAUUUACCUUUGGAAGCCUUUCCUGGAAUUCAUAAGUUUAAAGGUCAGAUCCUGCAUAGUCAAGAGUACAAGAUCCCAGAAGGCUUUCAGGGCAAGCGCGUCUUGGUGAUCGGUCUUGGGAACACUGGAGGAGACAUUGCUGUGGAACUCAGUCGAACAGCAGCUCAGGUACUUCUCAGUACUAGAACUGGUACCUGGGUUCUUGGGCGCUCUUCAGAUUGGGGCUAUCCUUAUAAUAUGAUGGUUACAAGAAGAUGCUGUAGUUUUAUUGCACAACUUCUGCCUUCACGUUUUCUAAACUGGAUUCAAGAAAGGAAGUUGAAUAAGAAAUUUAAUCAUGAGGAUUAUGGAUUAAGUAUUACCAAAGGGAAAAAAGCAAAAUUCAUUGUGAAUGAUGAGCUGCCAAACUGUAUCCUCUGUGGGGCAAUCACUAUGAAAACCAGCGUGAUGGAAUUUACAGAAACCUCUGCUGUCUUUGAAGAUGGGACACUGGAAGAAAACAUUGAUGUUGUGAUCUUCACUACAGGAUAUACAUUUUCUUUUCCAUUUUUUGAAGAACCUCUUAAAAGCCUCUGUACAAAGAAGAUAUUUCUAUACAAGCAUGUCUUUCCCGUAAACCUAGAGAGAGCGACAUUAGCCAUCAUCGGCCUUAUCAGCCUUAAAGGAUCCAUCUUAUCAGGCACAGAGCUCCAAGCACGAUGGGUCACAAGAGUAUUCAAAGGACUCUGUAAGAUACCUCCAUCCCAAAAAUUGAUGAUGGAGGCUACUGAAAAGGAACAGCUCAUUAAAAGGGGAGUGUUUAAAGACACCAGCAAAGACAAAUUCGACUACAUUGCCUACAUGGAUGAUAUCGCUGCCUGCAUAGGCACAAAGCCCAGCAUCCCACUUCUGUUCCUCAAGGAUCCCAGACUAGCUUGGGAGGUUUUCUUUGGACCAUGUACUCCUUAUCAGUACCGCCUCGUGGGCCCUGGAAAAUGGGAUGGAGCCAGAAAUGCCAUCCUGACCCAGUGGGACAGAACAUUGAAACCUUUAAAAACUCGAAUUGUCCCUGAUUCCUCCAAGCCUGCCUCCAUGUCACAUUAUUUAAAAGCCUGGGGGGCACCUGUCCUACUGGCCUCUUUUCUACUUAUCUGUAAAUCUUCACUUUUCUUGAAAUUGGUGAGAGAUAAACUACAGGACAGAAUGUCCCCUUACCUAGUAAGUCUUUGGCGAGGAUGAACCUGAUUGUUACGAGGGUUGCACCAAGUCAUGCUAAUUCUAUCUCCAAGUAUCUUGUGCAUCCCUCCUCUGCUCUCCAUCAUAACUGCUAUAAGCCAAAUUCAGGCCUAGUCAUCUCUUCUCUGAAUUAUUGUAUUGUCUUCUUCCUUGUUUUCAGUACUCUCUUUCUUGCCACCCUUUCCAAUGCAUUUUCUACUCUGCUACCUCAGUGAUUAUUCUAAAAUAAAUAUCUUUGAUAUGGUUUAA